AAGUCGUGUGGGGACGAGAAAUUUUAAUAAAGCAUUUUGAGAAUGGACCAUAUCAUGUCUCCCCCACCUUCAUGUUCUUGAGUUUCCCCCCCUCCUAUUACUCCUCCACUUCCCAAAAUUGUGUUCUUUCUCUCUUGGCCUUUGUUUUGUGUGUAAGAUCGUAUAAUAUGUCGACUAGUAAAGGCAACGAUGUUGGUGAAGGAUCGUCGUCAAAUUCCUCUUCGUCUUCGUCUCUUGUUGCUGUUAUCAACGAUCGUAAUCAACCAGCAGCAACAGCAGUAGCUCCUGUGAGUCGGUACGAGUCUCAAAAGAGGAGAGAUUGGUACACGUUUGGGCAAUAUUUGAGGAACCAAAGACCUCCAUUGGCUAUCUCCCAAUGCAAUUCAAGUCAUGUUUUGGAUUUCCUUCGAUAUCUUGACCAAUUUGGGAAGACAAAAGUGCACUUAAAUGGGUGUGGUUUUUUUGGUCAACCCGAGCCACCUGGACCUUGUACUUGCCCUCUUAAACAAGCUUGGGGCAGCCUCGAUGCGCUUAUUGGUCGCCUUAGAGCUGCUUACGAAGAAAAUGGAGGCUCGUCAGACACUAACCCAUUUGCUAGUGGUGCUAUUAGGGUUUAUUUGCGAGAAGUCAAAGACUCUCAGUCCAAGGCAAGAGGAAUCCCAUAUAAGAAGAAGAAGAAAAAGAAGAUUCCAACUCACACUCAUCAACCAGGGGCCUAAAGAAGGACCAGUUAGCAACGAAUGUGGUUUUGGAAGGACUGAAUUGCAAA